AUGCCUUCAGAGGUGCAUGUUCUUCUAAUCUCUGGCGGAUGUCUUACACCACGACAUUUCCAGGCCUUAGCUACGCUUUUGUCUUCACACGGUUACACCGUAUCCAAUCCCCGCCUAGCAAGUAACAGUAUUCUUCCACCCGCGAAUUCUUUCCAGAUUGACAGGGAUCUUGUGCGUGACAUUGUCAAAGAAAAGACCGAUGCGGGCAAGGAAAUCAUCGUGGUCAUGCACUCGUACGGCGGACUUGUAGGUACUGACGCCAUGACUGGGAUGGGCGUCAAAGAGCGCAAGGCACGAGGACAAUCGGGAGGAGUUAAGUGGUUGGCGUAUAUGGCCGCCUUGAUGCCCGUCAUUGGCGAAAGGAUUAUUGAUAUACGAAAACUGGAAGAAGGGUUCGUCGAGGAUCACACUCACACUCACAGUUUUGUUACGGAUCUCGUCCUUUUCCCCAAAAACCCGGCUCCCGGGUUCUAUCACGACUUGACAGAUCAGGAGCAAAAGAUGUGGACGGAGGAGCUGACAGGCUUCUCGCACGAUGCUCAGCGGAAAAAUUGCCAAUAUGAAGCCUGGCGCGAGAUCGAUGUUGCUUACCUUUUGUGCGAACAAGAUCGGGCUGUACCACCCGAGGUCCAAAAGACAAUGAUUGACCGGGUGAGAGGGUUUGGAAUUGAUGUGCAGGAAACGAGAUGUAACAGUAGCCACUGCCCGUUUCUAAGCCAACCUGAGACGGUAGUAGCAUGGAUUAAUAAGUUGAGAUAA